CCAUCCCUCUUGCCAUUCAAACCAUUUCCUCUUCUCUCUCAAUUCAAAAUAUCUCUCUCUCUCUCUCAAAUCAUUCAAACAAAAACAUCUUUCUUAUUUCUAAAAGAAAACUAAAGAAAAACAAGAAGUAGAAAUGGAAAUGGAAAGUAAUGCACCAGCAGUAGCUAAAAGAGUGUGGAGUAUGGUACGUGUGGUUUACUUCAUGUUGAGAAAAGGCAUCUUAAAAGGCAAGCUCAUGAUGGAUCUCAAAAAUAUCAUGCUCAGACGCCGCGGCAAGCUCGCCGGCAAAGCCAUUGCCAACCUCAUGUUCCACCACAACCACGGCGGCGCCACCACCACCUCACACCCUCAAUUCUCUGCCUCCAGGGAGUAUGAGUUCAGCUGCAGCAACACCCCCAACUACAACUUCUUCUCCACCGGGAAGCGCAACCGCCACAGCAACCAUCACAACAACCACUUCUUCACCAGCGCUCACGUGCCGCCCAGGCAGGAUGACGAGGCGGUGACUGCAAACGCCGUGAAGGCGGUGCUGGAGAUGCUGAACAGUGAUACAGAGGUGUUCUAUUCCCCUGCUCUUCCCGGGAAGGUGAGGCAGUUGAGGGUGACAGACUCGCCGUUUCCGCUGCGAGAGGCGGAGGAUGAAAAGGACAACCAGGUGGACAAGGCGGCGGAAGAGUUCAUAAAGAGGUUUUAUAAGGAUUUGAGGAAGCAAGAUUGAAUUGAUUUGAAUUUUGGAUUGAAUAGAACCUACUACCAUCAACUAUGUAAAUCAUUAAUAGCGCAGAUUUUUUCCCCUUUCUGCCAUAAUGUUUCACCUAUAUAAUUGAAUAUUGAUAUGAGUUCAUGCCGUGGUAAA